GGGGCACGCAAGUGCAAACUCCCUGCCGGGGGUGUCCGCCGCUUCCAGGACUCCAAGGAUAAGUCCUCGACUACGAAUCUAAGGCACCACGCCAAUGGCUGCUGGGGCAAAGAGGCAGUCGAUCAUGCAUUCAGUGGUGGAAAGGUAGUACAGGCCACGAGUGGAUCAGUUUUCUCGGCUUUUGCUCGAAAAGGACAACAACCUGUCCAUCAUACAUAUCGAAUGCACACGAGCAAUGAAAAUAAUCGACCUGUGAAUAUAAUCAACGAUCGUGCACUUCGUGAUCUCCUGCUUUCUGGACGCCCUAAUAUCGAACUGCCAUCACAUUUUACAAUCUCUCGUGAUAUUCGGGCGUCAUUUGAAAAGUGCCAAGAACGCAUUGGUACGCUCUUGCAGGAACAUGAUGGCCGUCUUCAUUUUGCCACCGAUGCAUGGACUUCCCCGAACCACCGUGCAUUCAUUGCGUGGACUGUCCAUUUGGAACAUCAAGGUGAAAUGAUAUCAUUCUUGCUCGAUAUCAUUGAGGUCGCAGAGGUCAGCAUUUAUUUUCGAUACUGCUCCAGUUUUCUAAUCAUUGUGAUCCAGUCUCAUACUGGCGAAGCCAUGGCGAGAGCAUUUCAAGCAAUGCUCGAACAAUUUGGUCUGACGCAAAAGGUACAUCUUAGACUAUCAGUUCCUUCGCAUAUCGAAUAA